GAAAAGGAUGUCACUGACACAAUCAUGUUCCUUGUGGUUUUGUUUAUCAUACAGUUAAAGGGAUUAAAAAAAUAACUUUAAUUUGUUCCAUUCAGUCGGAAUAAAAUGAAUAGCUCAAUAUUUAUUUAAAUUUCUUAAUGAAAUUCAAUUCAUUGUAUCUUUAUAACUUGGAUGUCGUUCAAAUUGAUUAUAGUUAAAUAAGGGCUUUCAAUAUGGAAACGUAAAAAUUAAAAAUAAAAAUUAUACGGUCAAUUUUGAUCAGUUAUUGCACAAUGUAAAGACGAUAUUUUUAAAUUCGUUCUAUUGCAUGCGAGAAUUGGGCAAUUUUAAGUUGACUAUUUAAGCGGGAAUAAACAAUGAGCUACUUUACUGUAUUGCGCUUUAGACAUUGCGCAAUUUUAAAUAAGUCUCUCAUAGAAAAAUGUUUAAUGCAAUAUUUAAUGUACCAUGCAAGAGUAUAUUCCACUGAAAUUGAUAACCAUCAUAAAAAUUAUAUUGCUAAAAAGGAUAAUAUCAACAGAAGAAAAGUAUUUAAAUCGCGAAUACUUGAUGACAUUAAACAGACUAAACGAAAAGUAGAAGAAAUUAUUGAGAAAGAAAAUAUUUGGACCAUACCAAAUUUCCUCUGCAUGGGUCGAAUUCUGACAUCACCUUAUUUAAGUUAUUUAAUUCUGUCACAAGAAUACCAGGUAGCACUGUGGCUGUUAAUAAUUUCAGCGUUUAGUGAUUUAGCAGAUGGAUGGAUUGCACGUACAUGGACAUCCCAAGCUUCUAAGCUUGGUAGCUUUUUAGAUCCAGUCGCGGAUAAAUUACUUGUAGGUACACUAUUUUUGUCAUUAGCAUGGGUAGGAUUGGUUCCUAUUCCCUUGACAUGUCUCGUCAUUGCAAGAGACACUGCCCUAGUGACAGCUGCAUCGUACAUAAGAUACCAAUCUUUACCACCACCAAAAACACUGGCCAGGUAUUUUGAUCCUACAUAUGCCACAGUACAAUUAGCUCCAACAUAUAUAAGUAAAAUUAAUACUGCAAUUCAGUUGUCUUUUGUUGCUGGAACAUUGGCUGCUCCUAUAUUUCAUUUUAUAAACCAUCCAAUUUUGGAAAUUUUAUGUUAUCUAACUGCAGUGACAACACUAGCAGGUGGUGUAAGUUAUUUGGUAUCAAACAAAACAUAUAAAAUGUUAAGAAAGAAAACUGCAACAAAAUCACCCCCUUAGGUAUAACAUAUGUAUAUUAUAAACAAUGAAUACUAAGAACAGAACAUUGCCAUUAUUUGUAAAUUUAUUACUGUACAAUAUGAUAUAAUUUAAAUAUACAUACAGGAAUAAAAUUAGUAAUAAUGUAUGUUUUCUAGUUAUUUAAUUAAAUAAAGUUAUUCAGUAGGUUUA